AUGCUGCUGGUUGAUCGGUUUCCACGGCCCAAGUACAUGGCGGUCGGCAUGCUGGGCUGCGUAGCGACAUUCGCAGGAGAGGCAGGCUUGGUCGCCCAAUAUGCCGGCUCCGACAACGAUGAUGCGCUGCGAGCCGGUAUUGCCAGAUGGAAAUUCUACCUCUGUCUCAUUAUUCCCAGCUUCUUCUUGGCGCUUAUCAUGUGGUUCUUUUACCCGGAUACUCGCGGGAAACCGCUGGAGGAGAUUGCGGCCAUAUUUGGGGAUGAUGAUGAAGUGGCCGUGCGUCAGGCUGACGUUGAGAUCGACACGGCCACGCAUGAGAUUCAUGCCAAAGGCGCCAGGACGGGCUUGACCAUCGAUGCUUCAGACAUUCAUUAUGCUGGCGAGAAAUAG